GACAGUCCUUGUUUAUGGGGACGUUUUUUUUUCACUUCCCCCUACGGGACAAAGACCGCACCAAUCGUGAGGUCGUCAUGAGGUGCGGACGUGUUUUUCGUUAGCUCCGACACUGAAGCGAAGCAGCAUAUAACUCUACAUGGGAAUACAUUGAUACAUAUUCCAUGCAUAUUCCACGAACAUACUCUGGAAUUUGAUUUCUAUUGCUGAAUCAACUAACUACCGAGAGGAGUCUCCUUGAAUUUGUUUCUAAUUAUGGGAAUAUUUGGAUGUGUGCCAUAUCAUCAUUAACUUUUCUGCCAUAUUUUGAACUAUCAAAGUAUGCCUACGAGAUCUACGACGAAGGCCGAAGAAAUGUCUGUAAAUGUUUGAGAAGUCCGCAAGGCACUGGAAGGAAACAACAAUUUGCUUGACAAUCUGACUGUAAAGUAGAGCACCUUUAUCUCUUGAUAUCAACCUCAUCGAAUUGCAGUUUCAUCAAUCUGGCAACGGACAGUCGUAUUUGAAAGGCAACAAGCAUGAGCCCAAUCCCCAAAGCUAACGAGCCAGGAAACAAUCCUCAGUCCUCAAAAGAGGGAGAUGAGCUAGAGCCACCGCCCCAGGAUUACAACUCUGUGUUGAAUGCAGGUGAUAUGAGCAGUGAGGAGGAAGAUAGUGAUGAUGGUGGAGGAGCUGACAUGGGAGGAGAUUUGCAAUAUGGGGGCUAUCAACUCUUGAUGCAGGACCCAGAGCAUGUGAAUGAUGACAGUGAAGAUGGAGAUGAAGAUAGUGAAGAGAUGGCCUCUGCUCAACCUCAGUCAGGUGCCACAGGAAACCUUGAUGAUGAGAUCGAACAAGACCUGCCUCACACACAUUCCCAAUACAGUGAUACCAACACAGCCACAGACCCAUCCAAACCAAACCUUCCCACCCAUCUUGCCAAACUCCUUCCAUCAGUCAAUCCCUCCCCAGAUGCUGCCAGUCAGGUCAUGCACACCGACACACGAGUUACGCUUGAACAGAGGAAAGAAAAGAUGGCCGGCGAUGACCAGAUCCGAGCUGCAAUGGCGAAAAUUUCUUUACCGGUGGCAGCCAUCCCGUCGUGGGCCAGGGCAGUGGAUGAGAGUGACUGGAAAGAACAAUUAGUUGCUAGAAUACAGUGCAAGCAUGAGAAACAACAGCUAAGGACUGCAACUCAGUUGAAGGGGACCAGUACAAAGAGAUGAUUUUGAUGUUACAUUGUACAGAUAUAUUGUGUGUUUGUAUCCAAACCGUCUACCCAGUGUCUUGUUGGCUAUACCUUUCAAGAAGUGGUCAUUAUCCUUCUCUUGAAAGGUCUUAAAAGAACUGCUUGCAUCUUGUAGUAAAUUUAUAGGCCUCAAAACAAUUUCUUAGGCCACAAGUUUUAUGACUGAUAUGCAGUAUGUCACCAACCUUGUCAUGUCACUCAAAGAUCAGCUGGCACUGCUAUAAGCUGUCCCAAUAAAGAGGGAAUAAUGGUAAAUAUUGUGUAGGUACAUGUAUAUCUAUGUUGAAAAUGUUUCUCAGUACCUUAAAUGUGACUCCCACC